AUGCUCGAAGAGACCUCCCCACUACUUGGUGGGCAAAAGUCCAGGUGGUUAUCAAUAUACUGGUUAUCCGCUGUCGUCUUCUGCUUGUCCGUUGCGGGGACUUUUCUCAAUGUACCCCUAACGCGACUCAUCGAGGACAACCUUUGUAGUCGAUAUUCUCAAGGCACCCCAACUGAAGAGCUCUGCAAGACUGAUAAAAUUCAAUCCAAGUUGGCUUAUCUCAAUGGCGGUCUCCCCCUUAUGGAGGCGGUGGUUGGUCUUAUUGUGGCAUUUCCAUUUGGAAUUCUUGCUGAUAGAGUCGGUCGGAAACCCAUCAUUGUUCUAUCAAUGAUUGGAACCUCGCUAUCCUUGGCCUGGGAAUUAGCUGUCAUUGCUUUGCCUAGGAUAAUCCCAGUUCAAUUCAUCCUGGCUGGUCCGUUGUUUACUGUCGUCGGCGGUGGAAAUACCGUGCUCCUUGCUAAUCUAUACUCGAUUGCAUCGGAUUUGGUAGUUCAAUCAGACCGAGCAUCGGCAUUCUUCCUCAUGGCAUUCGCCAGUCUACUUGGUGCCUCUGUUGGACCGGCUAUUUCCUCCGCCUUUAUGGAAACAUUUUCACCUUGGGUUCCAACCUUCAUCAGCUUCUUCGUCAACCUAGCGGCUCUAAUCCCGCUCUUCUUCGUACCCGAGACUUUGUUACCGUCAAAGCAAGACUCUAACUCCGAGCAAGAUCAUCCUGAGUCUGGAGAAGGGCCAGAGCCACAUAGCUUCCGAUGGUACCUAUCUCAGUCCCUUAACCUCGGCUCUUCUAUCGCAUUGAUGAAAUCUCCUUCUAUAAUUCUUGUCUUAGCCACCUUUCUUACAGCUGCACCCGAGGCCCUGGGCACUUCCCAAUUCCUAGCACAGUAUAUCAGCAAGCGCUUCGACUGGCCUCUCGCCAAAACAGGCUAUCUUUUGACCCUCCGCGGGGUCAUCCAUAUGGGAGUCUUACUCUUUACACUUCCUCUGCUCUCCAAGAUACUCUUGCGAUACCAGCGUCCACCUGCUAAGGACUUGAUGCUCGCCCGUGGCUCCGUUGCAAUUGCCGCCGUUGGAGCAUUCUUCAUGGCUGCGCCACAGAUAGGACUGGUGGUUGCUGGGCUAGCGGUUCAUAGUCUGGGGUCGGGUCUGGCCCCGCUGUGUCGCUCGCUAGCAACCAGCUAUGUGACACCACAGGAUACGUCUAAAUUGAAUACGGUCAUCGGCAUAGUUGAAACGACUGGGUCGUUAUUUGCUGGGCCAGCACUCGCGUGGUUGUUUGAGACGGGGAUGAAACUGGGAGGCAUGUCACUUGGACUGCCGUAUUAUGGGUUGGCAGCGUCAUUCGCAUUGUGCCUGGUUGGCCUGAUCUUUGUCCAACCACCUACCCGGGAAGGGGAGAUCGAGGAAUCCUAG